GAGGAGGAGGAGGCUGGAGAAAGACUAGCAGUAAGUGGAGAGCGGUGAGAGCAGGCAGAUUACAGCUGGGUGCAGCUUGUACGUGUACGUACAACCAUCUCUCACAUCCUUUUUCUCUCUGUAAAGCAUCACGGCAAGACCAUGAAGGGAAACACAGUUUAAUUUUAUUCAGGAAAGGUUUAAGAAAAAAUUCAGAAGAGGACAAAGAAGAAGAAAAGAAAACGGAAAGGAAUAAAAGGAAUUCAACAAACUUCCGCUGUUAAGGAUUCUUCAUUUUGUCUGGAAGCCUAACUAUGAAGCAGUGAGUUCUCUUUCUUAUCCUCUUCAACUCCUGACACCAUGUCACUCAGGGACAGAUCAAGCAGUGAACGCUCUGGCAGCCACCUCCGGAUGAUGCUGCUUCCCCUGCUCUGCUCUCUGCUCCUGGCACACGGCUCCUCUCAGAGCACAAAGGACUCACAGUCAACCACUGCCACUCUGCUGCUUGAAGACUGGGCGGGGAGCACAGUCCCACUGCAGCCUGACCUGCAGACUGUAGCCCAAACACCCACAGAGGAGUCGACAGAGUCACCCACAGAAGCUCAGACAGAGGCUCUAACAGAGAUGCAGACUCAGGUCUUCACCACCAACAACUAUACAGGCCUGUCCUGUGUCCCUGUCCUGCCACCUCGCCGGGGUUCCUUCUACGUGGAGAGUGGUACUGGCAUGUCGAUUGGCAGUGUGCUAGCCUUCUGGUGCAGAGAGGGAUACCAGCUGGUUGGCAGUGACAAAAUCUCCUGCUAUGUCAGAAGGGGAAAAGCCCAGUGGAGCAACUACCUGCCCGUCUGUGAAGCAAUCCCCAGACCGGAGGACAGAGGACUGAGAGUAGCGGUGUUAGCCUCAGUUGUGAGUGGCAUCGUCAUUUUCGCCAUGUCCUUGUCCUUCCUCGUCUGCUGCCUGCAGGAGCGGUCAAGUCGGGACCGUGCCAAGAAAGAGGGCCGCAGCAGGCGGAGAGAGAAGCGAUCAGGUCGCCGCAGUGAGUGUUGGCUGGAGACAGAGGAAGGAGAGUGGGAAGCCUUCCCGCCACCAAAGAUCUUCCACCUGUCCCAAAGGAUGAACCCCCGCCUCGCUCCUGACAGUCCCCUCUACCUGACAGGAGGCCUCGGUGGAUACGAGAACAGAGGAUACCAACGGAGUCAGGAAAGUUUGCUGAAGACCUCCCUGCCUGGACUCUACCGUUCUGAGUCGCAGCUGUAUCCACAUGUGGUCCUUCAGAGGGUCCCGACCCCUACCGCGCCCUCUGCUCCUUCCGCGCCGUCGGCCCCAAUGUAUCUCCACCUUCCUCCGUCUUCCUCUGGAGGAUCCUCCCCGGUGCACACCACUACCCAAAGCCAGCCACCGUUAAUGGCACAAUACCCAACACCAACAUAUCCGCCCAACCCCAACGCUGCUGUACCUGCCUACCCCCAUCCAACACCAGCACCCAUUUACCCCAACCCAAACCCGCCACCUCAGAGGCCAUGGCAGUAACUUCCAUCCUCUGAUUCUGUAGGUUGUUCAAGCUGGAUAUGCAGUGAGCUCAGAGAAAGAGGGGGACAGACUUGAGUUCUAGAGAAGACCCUCUACUCUUUCUUAUCCCCCUUUUCUCCCACAGAAGUCUGAAAACACCCUGCUCCAGUGCAGAUAAGAAGGACAGGAGGCAAACGACAAAGCACUCCUUCUUACUGCAUGUUUGAUGCACUUUUCCUGUGGCCAGAACUCAACCAGUCAAUGGUUUGUUUUCUUAGGUCUUGCAGAAAUAGAAGGUCCUCUUAGAAAACUGGUUUCUGCACCAUUUUGCAAGGAAUUCUAUGAAACCAGUGAACUCAGGGGCUUGGGUUGGGGUUAGAAUUUGUGCACUAAUCUAAAAUAUAUGAGAAACAUGCAACAGUAGGUGUGU